AUGGCACUUUCAACUUCAUUUACGGCCAUAUCCGCGCUGACUCGCUACAGAAGACGCCACCCCUUUAACCCCUUCUCCACGACGUCGUUUAUUUCCUCCUCAUUCAACCACAUUUCCAGAAAAAUUCAACUCCUUCGCACUGCUGCUUCCCACUGUCACACCCAGUCUUCACCCAAAAUGUCCUCAGUAACCGCGGAGAAUACUAAAAUCACCGCCCCAUACGGUUCUUGGAAGUCCCCGAUAACUUCCGACCUUGUCUCCGGCUCCGAUAAGCGCCUAGGUGGCACUGCCGUCGACGCCCUCGGCCACCUCUUCUGGGUCGAGACCCGCCCCAAUGAAUCAGGACGGUUGGUGCUGGUGAAGCAAGGAGAAAAAGAAGGGGAUGACCCUAUUGAUGUCACCCCAAAGGAGUUUUCUGUGAGGACAGUAGCUCAGGAAUAUGGAGGUGGGGCAUUUAGGAUAUUUGGAGAUACAGUGAUUUUCUCGAAUUACAAGGAUCAAAGGCUCUAUAGGCAGUCAUUAUCUUCAAAAGAUUCUGCUCCUUUGCCAUUUACUCCAGAUUAUGGCAGACCGCUCGUGUCUUAUGCAGAUGGAGUUUUUGAUGCGCGGUUUAGUCGUUUCGUGACAGUACAGGAAGACUGUCGUGAAAGUGCUAUGAAUUCUAUAACAACUAUUGUGUCAUUUGAUAUCCGUGAUGAGAGCGUUCAAGAACCGAAAGUACUGGUUUCUGGCAGCGAUUUUUAUGCUUUUCCUCGUUUGGAUCCAAAAGGAGAACGGAUAGCCUGGAUUCAGUGGAGCCAUCCCAACAUGCCAUGGGACAGAUCAGAACUUUGGGUUGGCUACAUAAGUGAUUCAGGAGACGUGCAUACACGGGUCUGCGUUGCAGGUGGUGAUCCAACACUUGUGGAAUCUCCAACUGAGCCCAAGUGGUCACCUCAAGGAGAACUGUUCUUCAUUACUGAUAGAAAAUCUGGAUUUUGGAAUCUCUACAAAUGGAUUGAAACUUCUAAUGAAGUGCUUCCAGUUUACACAUUGGAUGCUGAGUUCGCAAGACCUCUGUGGAUUUUUGGCAUGAAUUCCUAUGCCCUGUGGUUAUUACUUGUCAACUAG